GGUCAGGAGAAUAUGAUGGUGACAUUUUAGGGUCUUGUGAUGGUCACAUUUUAGAGUCAGGAGAGCGUGAUGGUCAUAUUUUAGGGUCAGGAGAGCGUGAUGGUCACAUUUUAGGGUCAGAAGAGCGUGAUGGUCACAUUUUAGAGUCAAGAGAGCGUGAUGGUCACAUUUUAGGGUCAGGAGAGCGUGAUGGUCACAUUUUAGGGUCAGGAGAGCGUGAUGGUCACAUUUUAGGGUCAGGAGAGCGUGAUGGUCACAUUUUAGGGUCAGGAGAGCGUGAUGGUCACAUUUUAGAGUCAGGAGAGCGUGAUGGUCACAUUUUAGGGUCAGGAGAGUGUGAUGGUCACAUUUUAGGGUCAGGAGAGCGUGAUGGUCACAUUUUAGGGUCAGGAGAGCGUGAUGGUCACAUUUUAGGGUCAGGAGAGCGUGAUGGUCACAUUUUAGAGUCAGGAGAGCGUGAUGGUCACAUUUUAGGGUCAGGAGAGUGUGAUGGUGACAUUUUAGGGUCAGGAGAGCGUGAUGGUCACAUUUUAGGGUCAGGAGAGCGUGAUGGUCACAUUUUAGGGUCAGGAGAGCGUGAUGGUCACAUUUUAGGGUCAGGUGAGCGUGAUGGUCACAUUUUAGGGUCAGGAAAGCGUGAUGGUCACAUUUUAGGGUCAGGAGAAUAUGAUGGUGACAUUUUAGGGUCGUGUGAUGGUGACAUUUUAGAGUCAGCAGAGGGUGUGAUGAUGAACUACAAUUCCUGGAGAACCAGGGAAUAUUCAAACAAGAGUUCAAGGACAUUAACAAAGUAUGAAUAA